AUGCCAGUUCAAAAACAAAAACCAGGUAAGCAAAAGCUUGCACCCGAAAAGGAAAGAUUCUUACAAUGCUGUGGAGAUAUUUCUCUUGAAUUAGUUGCAUCCCUCAAGAAUUCAAAAGAUAUAAAUUUGAAUGGACUUGUUGGUCGAUAUUCCAAAAAAUAUAAAUUAAAACAACAACCAAGAUUAACCGACAUUAUAUCAUCAAUCCCUGAUCAAUAUAAGAAAUACCUUAUCCCCAAACUAAAAGCAAAACCCGUCCGUACCGCUUCCGGUAUCGCCGUGGUUGCAGUUAUGUGUAAACCUCAUAGAUGUCCUCAUAUUGCCUAUACCGGGAAUAUCUGUGUUUAUUGCCCUGGUGGACCAGAUUCAGAUUUCGAAUAUUCAACUCAAUCAUAUACCGGAUAUGAACCAACUUCAAUGAGAGCAAUUAGGGCCAGAUAUGAUCCAUAUGAACAAGCAAGAGGUAGAAUUGAACAAUUGAGACAAUUGGGACAUUCGAUAGAUAAAGUAGAAUAUAUCAUUAUGGGAGGGACGUUUAUGUCAUUACCUAUUGAAUAUCGAGAAAAUUUCAUUACUCAAUUACAUAAUGCUUUGACUGGAUUCAAUGGUCGUGAUAUUGAUGAAGCAAUUGAAUUUUCUCAACAAUCACAAACGAAAUGUGUUGGGAUUACGAUUGAAACUAGACCAGAUUAUUGUACUGAGACUCAUUUGAGUGAUAUGUUGAAAUAUGGAUGUACUAGAUUAGAAGUUGGUGUUCAAUCGGUUUAUGAAGAUGUUGCUAGGGAUACUAAUAGAGGACAUACUGUUAAAGCCGUAUGUGAAACUUUUGCCGUGGCAAAAGAUGCCGGGUAUAAAGUUGUAAGUCAUAUGAUGCCUGAUUUACCUAAUGUUGGAAUGGAACGUGAUUUAGAACAAUUUAAAGAAUAUUUCGAAAAUCCAGAAUUUAGAACCGAUGGUUUAAAAUUAUAUCCAACUUUAGUCAUUAGAGGUACUGGUUUAUAUGAAUUAUGGAAAAAGGGGCUUUAUAAAUCAUAUAAUGCAAACGCAUUAAUUGAUCUAGUUGCAAGAAUCAUGGCGCUUGUUCCACCAUGGACCCGUAUCUAUCGUGUGCAAAGAGAUAUCCCCAUGCCAUUAGUCACUUCGGGGGUUGAGAAUGGUAAUUUAAGAGAAUUAGCCCUCGCCAGAAUGAAAGAUUUCGGUACGUCAUGUAGAGAUGUUAGAACAAGAGAAGUAGGUAUACAAGAAGUUCAUCAUAAAGUCCAACCUGAUCAAGUUGAAUUAAUUAGACGUGAUUAUUAUGCUAAUGGUGGUUGGGAAACUUUUUUGAGUUAUGAAGAUCCCAAAAAGGAUAUUCUUAUUGGAUUGUUGAGAUUAAGAAAAGCAUCGAAGAAAUAUACAUAUCGUAAAGAAUUCACUAGUCAACCUACUUCGAUUGUUCGUGAAUUACAUGUUUAUGGUUCGGUUGUUCCAUUACAUUCAAGAGAUCCAAGAAAGUUCCAACAUCAAGGGUUUGGGACUUUGUUGAUGGAAGAAGCAGCAAGAAUUGCGAAAGAAGAACAUGGAUCUAAAAAGAUUAGUGUUAUUUCUGGAGUUGGGGUAAGAAAUUAUUAUGCUAAAUUGGGUUAUAAAUUAGAUGGUCCAUAUAUGUCUAAAAUGUUAGAUGAAGAAGAGGAUGAUUAA